GAUGUUUGCAUAUAAACAAAAUAUUGCAAAUAAACAGGUACAGGACAGUAAUACAACGCGGUACAGGACGGUAUAGGAUUUCGUGCUGAACGCGAUGCCCCCAACUAAAGAUAGUAAAAAAAAUUUAGAUGUUGAGAAUUGUGAUAAAGAACCAAAAGAAAUCGUAGGUCAAAAUCAGCAGGAAUGCGAAACUGAUACUGAAGAGAAACCAUUACAAAUCGAUACGGAAAAUGAAAUCGCGAUUACAAAAAAUGAAAAUGAAACUAGUUUGAAGGAAAGUCAAGCUGCGAAUAAUAAAAGAACUGGUGAUUUAAUUGGAAAUGUGACCCCAGCUAAAAAAGCUCGACCGAAACCUAAACCGGUUAAAAUAGAAAAUAUGAAAGAAUACGUUGAUAAUAAUACUAUUGAAAAACUUACAACAACGACUUUGUUUCAUUGGUUGAAAGAAAGAAAUUUACACUGUUCUACGAGAGAUAAGAAAGCAGAUUUAAUACAAAAAAUUAAAAAUCAAUUUGUUACCACAAGUUCGUAAAUUAUUAUUUUAAAUAUCAGUUUAAGAAAUAAUUCAUAACCCUUGUUACUUUUUAUGAAUAAAAGGUUAAUAAAACCCAAUUUGUAAAACAG